UAAAAGCAAUAGUCAAUAGACUGUCCUCACAACAACUCUCUUUCUUUUUCUCACUUGUUCACUUUACUCUCUCACCAAACUCAUCUCCGUCUAUAAUGGCUGAAGAUUCUUCCACUCCAACUCCACAACCACCACCGCCGCCGCCCCCGAUAACUGAACAAGAAGAACCGCGGCCGCCGCCCCCGAUAACUGAACAGGAAGAACCGCCGCCGCCGCCCCCGAUAACUGAACAAGAAGAACAGCCGCCGCCCCCGAUAACUGAACAAGAAGAACCGCCGCCGCCGCCACCGAUAACUGAACAAGAAGAACAGCUGCCGCCCCCAAUAACUGAACAAGAAGAACCGCCGCCACUACCAGCAGCUCCCAUGACUGCAGAAGGUAGAUCACUAGCUGCAAUGAUGGAAAAGGAAUCGUCAUCUUCACCCACAACAACCCCACCUAAAAGCAAACAAGAAGUUGUUGAAACAGAGCAAGAGAAGCCCCUUGUGAAGCAUAAUAUUCCUCAGAGUUUGAUCUCAUUCAAGGAGGAAAGUAACAUAGUGGCUGAUCUCUCUGAAGUUGAGAGAAAGGCUUUGCAAGAGUUCAAGAAGCUUGUUCAAGAAGCUCUCAAUAAUCACCAAUUUGCUUCAAAAGAAGAAAACAAACAGACCCCAGAAGCUGAACCAGACUCUGAUAAAAGCACUGAAAUAAAACCACCCCCAGAGGAAGAAAACCCUGAAAAGCAAGCAGUAGCAGCAGUGGAAGAAGCCAAAGAAGAGGUGUUCAUCUGGGGAGUUCCUCUUCUUAAAGAUGAUAGAAGUGAUGUGAUUCUGCUAAAAUUUUUGAGGGCAAGAGAGUUCAAAGUGAUGGAUGCUUUUACAAUGAUAAAGAACACAAUCAAAUGGAGGAAAGAAUUUGGAAUAGACAGGCUUGUCGACGAAGAUCUUGGAGAUGAUUUGGAGAAAGUUGUGUUCAUGCAUGGUUAUGAUAGGGACGGGCAUCCAGUUUGUUACAACGUGUAUGGUGAGUUUCAGAAUAAGGAAUUGUAUCAGAAGACUUUUUCUGAUGAAGAAAGAAGGAUGAAGUUUUUGCGUUGGAGGAUUCAGUACUUGGAGAGAAGCAUCAGAAAGCUUGAUUUUAAGCCAGGUGGAAUAUGCACCAUUUUUCAGGUUAAUGAUCUUAAGAAUUCGCCAGGGCCUGGAAAGCGUGAACUUAGAUUGGCUACCAAGCAGGCUGUUCAAUUGCUUCAAGAUAAUUAUCCUGAAUUUGUUGCCAAACAGGUAUUUAUUAAUGUUCCUUGGUGGUAUCUUGCGUUUUAUACAAUGAUUAGUCCUUUUAUGACUCAAAGGACCAAGAGCAAGUUUGUUUUUGCGGGCCCAUCAAAAUCUGCCGAAACCCUUUUCAAAUAUAUUUCGCCUGCACAUGUACCGAUUCAAUACGGUGGCCUGAGUGUAGAUUACUGUGAUUGCAACCCAGAGUUCACGAUUGAUGAUCCUGUCACUGAUAUCACUGUAAAACCAGCAACCAAGCAAACUGUGGAAAUCAUAAUUUACGAGAAAUGUAUUAUUGUUUGGGAGAUCCGAGUCGUUGGAUGGGAGGUGAGCUAUGGAGCUGAAUUUGUGCCAGAUGCUAAAGACCAAUAUGCCAUUAUCAUUCAGAAGCCUACAAAAAUGGCCCCAGCUGAUGAACCGGUGGUGUGUACCAGAUUCAAAGUUGGUAAUUUGGGCAAGGUAUUGCUCACCAUUGACAACCCAACCUCAAAGAAGAAGAAGUUUCUCUACAGGUUCAAGAUUGAACCCUUCUCUGAUUGAAUAUCUCAUCAUAUUAAGGCUUUGAAUGUGGAAACUUAAUUUGUUGCUCUUUAGUUUCUGGUUAAGUCUCUCUAUGUGGUUUAUGCUUACUGCCAUGAGGAGCAAUGCUGGUGGAAAUUAGCACGAGUGUGAAUUUGGUGUUGGUUUGCAACAUUUUACUUUAAAAAAGGAUUGUCAUGUUUUGGGUGAACAAAUAGACUUGAGGUGGCUCAGGAGAUAAAUGGUAUGUACUGUUUAAUUGGGGUGCUUUGCACUGUAUAUUUUCUUUUCUCAUGGAUGUCUAAAUUUUGAAACCAAUGCAGCCUUGUACUUUUUAACAGUCUAUGCUAUUGGUUGGUAUUUGUAUAUCUUUGAAUGCUUGGUAUUUGAACUUGAUAAUAGUAGGGUAUUGAUUAAACCAGCGAAUAUUUUGAA